UUUUUAUGACAGUUUGUAAAGGGCUUUCCCUCCCUGCUCAUUCCUUAUCUGCUUCCCCUCCUACUGGAAAAGUGGCUUUUCGCUCCUCCUCUGAUUUCCUCCCCAUUCAGCAAUCAGUCAGGGAGAGUGGAUGUGAGCAUUGACUGGGCUCAAGCUUCAAGCAGCAGCAGCAUCACCAUCCUCCCUGGGACUGUAGGAGAGGACCCCCUCCCACCUCUCUGUCCCCCUCUCUCUUCUCUGUGCUCUCCAUCCCUUCACUCCCUCCUCUCUCUGCACUCUCUCUCUCUCUCUCUGCACUCUCAUCCCUGCUACCCUCCCACCUCUCGCUUGUCCCUCUCGUCUCUUGCUCCAGUCCCUCUACUUGCUCUUCUCCCCUCUUCUUCUUCUUCUCCAUCCGGGCAUCACAUCAUCUGACUCUCAAUCGCAAGACAUCGAUCGCCUCUUCUAUGAGACAAACCAAUUGAUCUGUCCGCUGGGGUUCCUGGACCAAGUACAGACAGCAUGUCCCGAAGGAAACAGAGCAAACCCAGGCAAAUCAAACGUCCACUGGAGGAUACUAUAGAGGAUGAAGAGGAAGACUGUUUGUCUGAGGAGAAUGACAUUGUCUCUAAAGAAGAUUUUCCUCUAGAAGGAAGUUUUACUUCGGAGUUUGAGCCGGAGAACAUGACCUGUGAAGAUGUGGAAUAUUUCUGCAAUAAAGGAGAUGAAGAAGGCAGUCAUGGAACAGCAGAAUCAGACGGGGAAGCGCAGACAGAGAAAACGACUCAAACCGGGACAGUGACUGAGGGUUGGGAUGGGCCAGGAGAGCUGGAAGUGUUCCAGAAGGAUGGAGAGCGGAGGAUUCACAGCCGACAGCAGCUUCCAGUUGGAACGACGUGGGGGCCCUUUGCUGGCAAGAUGGAUUUUAACAAUGAUAACAACACUUUGAAAACAAAGACCCCUGUGCCACUGAUGUUGACAGAUGGUCCUAAGUGGCUGCUGGAUGUGACUUGGCAAGGAGUCGAGGAUAGCAAGAACAACUGCAUUGUGUACAGCAAAGGGGGACAACUGUGGUGUACAACCACCAAGUCUAUUGCUGAGGGCGAGGAGUUAAUUGCCUUUGUUGUGGAUUUUGACUCAAGGCUACAAGCUGCCACUCAAAUGACUCUUGCGGAGGGGAUGUAUCCAGCGCGCUUGUUGGACUCCAUACAGCUCCUUCCUCAACAAGCAGCUAUGGCUUCUAUCUUGCCUACAGCCAUUGUCAACAAAGACAUAUUCCCCUGCAAAUCUUGUGGAAUUUGGUACAGGAGCGAGCGCAACUUGCAGGCCCAUCUCAUGUACUAUUGCAGUGGUCGCCAGAGGGAUACAGCCCAGCUUCCAGAGGACAGUGAGGAAAGCACGCCACAGAUGUCCAGUAUCUGCCCAUACCCACAGUGCACCAAAAGCUUUUCUAAUGCCAGAGCACUGGAAGUACAUCUAAACUCCCACAGCGGUGUUAAAGUUGAAGAUGUCUUUCCUCCCGGGGCCAGCCUGAAAUGUACAGUGUGUAACUACACGGCAGAAUCUGUGAUUAACUUCCACAAACACCUGUUCUCUCAUCUUACUCAAGCUGCCUUUCGAUGCAAUCAGUGCCAUUUUGGCUUUCAGACUCAGAGGGAACUCCUACAACACCAGGAGCUUCAUGUCCCUGGAAGUAAACUGCAACGAGAAGCUGACACCGAACACUCUCCCGGUGCCAACGAAGCAAAUGCACAACAGACGCCAGAGCUGCUGAAUAAAAAUGAACUUCUGCAGAGCCAAAAGACUGGGCUGAACAAAGAUGCAAGCUCAGACAGUGAACUGGAAAAGAGUGAGAAGAAACCGCAUCCUUUUCUGUCCAAUCAGCGGCUAGAGACAGGCAAUAAAAACAUGUUUUCCUACACUAAAAUAAAAUCUGAGCCAUCGAGCCCCAGGCUUGCUUCAUCUCCUGUACAGCCCACUAUUGGACCCUCUUUCCCCAUGGCACCCUUUCUAUCUCAGUUUGCUUUUCCCCAUGAUAUAACUGUGGUUCCUCAAGCCUCAGAAAUACUGGCAAAGAUGUCUGAACUGGUACACCGGCGGCUAAGGCAUGGCAGCAAUAGCUACCCCCCUGUCAUUUACAGCCCCCUGAUGCCAAAGGGAGCCACUUGCUUUGAGUGCAAUAUAACAUUUAACAACUUGGACAAUUAUUUGGUACAUAAGAAACACUACUGCAAUAGCCGAUGGCAGCACAUAAGCAAGUCAGACUUUCCCAGUGUAACGGAGAAGAUACCAGAAGCUGUGAGCCCAACCAACGCUCAGAAUCCUGUCAACCUUCUCAAUACAACUCUUCAUUCUUCCGAAAAUGACAACCAACUGCUUCAAGCCUCCUGCAUUAACUCAGGCAAUGUUCUAGAUCUUCUGGGGUCAAACUUAAAGCCAAGGGACAAAGACUUUGCCUCUGAUGUAAAAAAAUUGCCAAAUGCGACUAACAAUGAUGAGAAAAUUAAUGGAAAAGCAGCAGAAAUAAAAAAUGCUGCACCCCCACAAAUGGAAGGUGACAGUGGUGACCCAAACAGUACCACCUGCGCAGCUUGUAAUAUAACCUUCAGUAGGCAGGAAACAUUCAUGGUUCAUAAACAGUACUACUGCGCAACUCGCCAUGACCCCCCAUUAAAAAGAUCAGCGACAAACAAAGUGCCUGCCAUGCAGAGAACUCUGCGCACUAGGAAGAGGAGAAAGAUGUAUGAGAUGUGCCUUCCUGAGCACGAUCAGAGGCCACAACUAGUUCAACAGCAUUUUCUUCAUGUGGCUAAUCUUGGCAACCCUUGCACAUCUGUCCAAGAGCCUGCAGAAAACCCCGGGGACUGUUAUCAUCCCAGGUGCGAUAUCUUUCCAGGAGUUGUUCCAAAGCAUUUGGAAACAUCACUUUCAAUUAGUAAAUGUGUUCCCGUGGUGAAAUGCGAAACUUCGCACUCAACCAUUUCCUCCCUGGAGAUGGAUGCACCAAUAGACCUUAGCAAAAAAUGCUUAGCGCAGUCUGAUCGAGUAGCCUCCUCUCCCAAAAGGCUCCUGGACUAUCACGAGUGCACAGUUUGUAAGAUAGGUUUUAAUAAAGUUGAGAACUACCUUACCCACAAGCAAAACUUCUGUCCCGUGACAGCAAGCCAACGUAACGACAUAGGAAAUCUAGAGAGCAAAGUUUUCCCCAACCCUGAGAGCGAAAGGAACAGCCCUGAAGCCAACUUCGAAAGGAGCUCCAUAAAGUGUGAAAAGAACAGGACCUCAAAACAGUCCUCACCUAAUGGGAACUUGUUCUCUUCACACUUAGCGACUCUUCAAGGUCUUAAAGUCUUUAGCGAGGCAGCACAGCUUAUCGCCACGAAAGAGGAAAACAAAAAUGCUUUUUUUUCACAAUGCCUUUACCCAGGAGCAAUAAAAAAAGCGAAAGGCGCCGAUCAGCUUUCCCCAUAUUAUGGAAUCAAGCCAAGUGAUUAUAUUUCUGGGUCUCUUGUAAUACACAAUGCGGAUUUAGAUCAAAGCACAAAUGUAGAAAGCGAGUCUCCCAAAAGUCAGAUACCUUCAAAUGGAUGUUCUUUACUGAAGAAAGAGUCGCUCCCACUAUUGCCAAAAAACCGGGGCAUGGUAAUAGUGAAUGGUGGACUUAAGCAGGAGGAUCGGCCUGCUGUAAACUCUCAGCAAGAGAACCUUUCCCAGAACCCUCCAGCAGAAGACGGGUGUAAAUCACCCUCCUGGGCACCUGACAAACCUCCGGCAGCUAAUGAAAACGUUUCUCCGGCAGCCCCGGCUGUUGAGGAUCAGGCAUCAAGCCUAACGAAAACCGUGAAUGGAUCUGGAGCAGCUGCAGCCAGCGGGAAGUAUUGCCGCCUGUGCGACAUCCAGUUUAACAAUCUUUCAAACUUUAUUACUCACAAAAAGUUUUACUGCUCGUCACAUGCUGCCGAACAUGUCAAGUGAACAAUCACAUCUGGAGGUUUUGUUACAACGUGAAGUAUGUUUGUUUCCUGCAGUCAGAGUAAAAGAAAAAAACAAACUAUAAUGCUGCUUAAUUGAAAUCCGGACAAUCAGGAUAUCCGUACAUUUGAAAUGACUUGAAGAUUUAAGGUGUAAUUCCAUAACAGUUAUGCGUAAAAGUGUAUUAUUGGUGCCAUUUUUCUUAUUAUUUAUUUUACCAGCAUCGUUCAUACAUUUGCAUCCAGCAGCGACUCCCGUUCCUCAGCCGUUAUUGUUCAGCUAUGAGCUUGCCAGGGUAGUGGUCGCUGUUGGAUGCGACUGUAGCUGUGGUUCUGUUAUUUUUUAUUUAAAGAACUUUAUAUUAAAGUCAUUUGUAAUGUUAUUGUAUAGUUAUUGUGUAGCACAUAUGGUUUGCACCUGUAUAGUAGAUUUUAAAUAAUAUAGACACAACAUUGCAGAGAAAAAAAGACAUAUUAGGAAUAGCUUCAGAAGCACUUGUGUAUACGGAUUUCCUUUCCUACGCUGUUGCAGAACGAGUAGCUGUCUUUGCUGAAAUAUAGCUGACACUUGUUAAGCCAACCAUCCACAUUACAAUACGAUUGUACAAUUUCCUUUAGAUUUACUGUAUAUGUUACAGUCUGAUUGUAUAAUCUCCUUUAGAUUUACUAACUUUACCUAGCUGAAUAGCAAUUGAAUGGAUAUUUUUCUUUAGGUAGGUUCCCCCCCACAACAUACGUGUUGGUAAGUAUAAAGGAGAUUGUACAAUCACAUGUGUGGCCAGGUUUAGGCUUAAUAUACAGGCAAGCUUUGAAAAGAAUGGUCUGCAAAUCAAUAGGACCAGUUGAUUAAUGUGUAUUGGUCCCAGUGGCCUAGAACAUUUGUAUGCUUUUCUAAGUAUUUGUCAUAGAAUCUCGAGAGGAACAAGACCUGCAGUAUUCAGGCUGUGCCUGACGAUGGAAACUUGAUGGAAGGUUGGCCGAAACUCUGCCAACUCUGCCAAAAACACAUCCCCACACUAGGUGCAUGUCCGCAGCCUAAACUGUGUAUACUUAUAGCCUUAAAACCACUAUACAACACACCUGUCAUUUCCAUCGUGGACAUAUUAUCUAUCCUUUGAAAAUAAUUUCUGUGACCACCUCAAGGAAUGUCAUGGCACACUCUAUACACAUUUCUAAAUUAAAAAUGGAUACAUUUAUUUUUCAUUCUAAAUGCUGCUCAGCAAUUAUUAGCUUACAAAGCCUUUUAUGUGAGCCAGUGGCAUGGUUAUGGACAUUUAAGUAUUUAUAUAUUCUUAUCAAGCAGUAAAAGAACAUUAAAGCAAGCCUUCACGUGCCUCUGAAGCUGCAGGCACUGCAAAGAAUUUUCCCUCAAAGUUCCAAGCAGAAGUACUUAAAGUGGUUCCAAAGCAUGGGUGUUUUUUUUACCUUAAUGCAUUCUCUGCAUUAAGGUAAAAAACACCCCACUGACUAUCCCCCCCCCCCCACCUCAACACUUACUUACCAGUCAGCUUACUUACUGGUGCUGUCCCAUCUUCAUGCCUUCUCUCCCAUCUCUUCUUCUUCUCAGAGGUACUUGGGCAGCAAUGACAGCCAAUGGCACCUGCUGCUGUCAAUCAAAGGAAGUGAGGAGGGAGAGAGGGGGUGGGAUCAAGCCGCACUGUGUGUG